AGCUAACAAGUUGAGUACCAAAAGGGCGGGACUACGAUUUAUGGAUGUACAAAUCAGACAUAAGAUUAUAAGUCUUGGGUUUUGGUGCAAAAUUCAUUCAUCCAUUUGGAUUAAUAGAGUUUGACAUUUUAGCUGAUGUCAGUUUUUGAUGAAAACCCUGAAUCUAUUUCCUAACCCUACCCAUCAACUAAAUCAUAAUUUUGAUUCCUACCUUACAACUCUCAUUUCGUGCUAGUUGUUGGGUGGACAUUCUCAAAGUCACUUCAGUGUCACUCAAAGUAGUAAAACAUUCGAAACUAUACUCAAGCUUAAGACAGUGUGUAUCUUACUAUCACCUACUCCAUGUCGUUCGAUGUUCUUAAACACCGAUUGCAAUUGCGUCUUGGUUUAUCAGUCCAUAGUUUUGUUGCAACACAUACCUACUCUAACCAACUUGGGCCAAGGUCGGCUGUAGUUGGCGAAAGUUUCGUUCCACAAAAGACUUCCUUGUUAUGGAUUCAUUUCCAUUCCAUUUGUUUGUUAUCUGUCGACACUAGUUGUGCACGACUUCUCAACUCGCUUGUAAUGUCUUUGAGUGAAAUAGUUGAGAAUGUUAAGCAAGCACGAGAAUUGGCUUUGCUUGGAAACUACGAAAGUUCGUUAACAUAUUAUUCUGUUGGUCUUGCUCAGCUUAAGAAGUUCACUGUUUCCAUUUCUGAAGCAAACCGAAAACAACAAUGGCAAACUGUACGUCAAGAGCUUACAGAUGAAUAUGAAUUAGUUAAAGACGUCAACCAAACGUUAUCUAGUUUCAAAGUAUCUGAUGAUGACUCUGGUUUGAGCGCCUUCGCUAGUCGCUAUAAUUCUCGUUCAGCUGUUGAAGAGCCGACCAGAGAUCCAGAUGUUUGGCCACCUCCCCCUCCUCUAGAACGGAGACAUGGAAAUAGUUCUCAAAACUCUGGAUCAAAUAUUCAGCCAAAUUCAGUUUCUAGCUCUUAUUAUAAACCACCUGUUGCUCAUGCUUCAGCUGCCCCUCCUCCGUCCGUUAACUCUAAGUCAUCUGCCAAUACUGCGGGGUCAUUCCGCCGCAAUGUCAAACCUAGUCCGACGAAUGCUCGAUCCAAGGGUACCGCUCAAACCUCUGCAAAUAACCGUCGUGUCAAAUCUGGAUCUCAACCCGCUGGGGAUAAUACUAGCACUGCUAGCAAUAACAAUGAAGAGAAAUUUGAUGCUACUGGAUACGACAAAGAUCUUGUGGAAACACUAGAACGCGAUAUUGUUCAACGUAAUCCAAAUGUUCGAUGGGAUGAUAUAGCUGCAUUAGAUGAUGCAAAACGUUUACUUCAAGAAGCUGUAGUUCUCCCAAUGGUUAUUCCGGGUUUCUUUAAAGGAAUACGUAGACCAUGGAAAGGAGUAUUAAUGGUUGGUCCACCUGGUACGGGCAAAACAUUAUUGGCUAAGGCUGUUGCGACAGAAUGUGGCACCACAUUUUUCAAUGUUUCCAGUUCUAGUCUAACAAGUAAAUGGAGAGGUGAAUCAGAAAAAUUAGUCCGUCUUUUAUUUGACAUGGCACGUUUCUACGCACCAAGCACAAUAUUCAUGGAUGAAAUCGAUUCAAUUUGUUCUCGACGUGGUAGUGAAUCGGAACACGAAAGUUCUCGCCGUGUUAAAUCUGAACUUUUAGUGCAAAUGGAUGGAGUAACAGGAGCUACAGGACAAGAAGAGGAUCCUACAAAAUCUGUUAUGGUUCUUGCUGCUACGAAUUUCCCUUGGGACAUUGACGAAGCUUUGCGUAGACGUCUUGAGAAACGAGUGUACAUACCACUUCCAAAUGUGAUUGCACGCAAAACUCUGCUGCAAAUCAAUUUGAAAGACGUUCCGUUAGCAGAAGAUGUAGAUUUGGAAAGAAUAGCUGAACAAUUAGAUGGUUAUUCCGGUGCAGACAUAACCAAUGUAUGCAGAGAUGCUUCAAUGAUGUCUAUGCGACGAGCUAUAGAAGGACUCUCAGUAGAGCAAAUCAAAGGUCUUAAUACUGCUACACUUAAUCAGCCGACACGAAUGGCUGAUUUCGAAGAAGCAGUCGGUCGUGUAUGCAGAUCUGUUUCAGCCAGUGAUGUUGAACGUUAUGAGAAAUGGAUGACGGAGUUUGGGGCUACAUGAACUGCUGAUUUACGUAUACCGAUGUGGACUUAUACCAUUCGCACAUAUUUGAUUGGCUUAUCCAGAUUUUUACCUUGCAAAUAAAUGUACUUGAUUGUCAUAUCUCAAACCUACGUGUCUCAAAUCAUCAGAUAUAUUAUAUGAAUACUACAUUCAUAGGUCAAAUGGUCGAAUAACCGAAUCAAGCCUUUCAAUUAAUUACACUUUACGAUUGAGAAAAAAUACAUCAACUGCCUCUUUUUUGGUGGUUUACACUGGAACAUCUCAGUUCUCGUCUAUCAUUUUUAACCGUGAUGGGAUAUUUUUUCACUUUACACUCGGUAGAAUGUUUUUUCAUUUGAUAAAUAUUUUGUGUCUUUCAGUUGUCCGAAAAUAGGCUAAUACAAUCUUUGUUGAUAACUGUACGGGUAUUUAUCAGCCACAUAUUCGUUCUAUAGAACUCCUCAGUGUAUUUAUUUUAUCGACUGUUUAAUUGAAAACCUGUGAAACAUUUCGACUGGGAACGGGAAAGAGAUAGUCGAUUUUGUGAUUUCCCUUUCUAAUUAGAUAACUCCUUAUGAGUUGUGUAUCAUCAUUGUAAUUGCAAAUAUAUUGAACAGUUCUAAGAGUUACCAGUUCAUAUUACCGAAUUCGGUACUACUACAUCUACUCAUCACAGUUUAAAAAUUAAGACAAUGAAAUAAUAUCGAACAUGUAUCUCACACUAAAGUCGACAACCUAUUUAGACCACGUUGUAACAGUCAUUCACUCAAGAUUUCGAAUCAUGUGCACUGUAUGUGUUUGUAGCCAAUUCAUCUGACUCAUCCAGAUCGGAACAUUCGACUGGAUGUAACACUCACUGUGUGACGACUAUAAUCGAUUUGACAUUCCGCAGGAGAGAACAUUACUACGGAAUACUCUACUUAAUGUGAGUAUAACUUUAAUAAAAUAGUGGAUUAGACACAAUAAUUAACGUUACAUAAAAUCGAAAAUUGUCCAGUGUCAGUUACAAUGUUAAGCACAAGUGACUUAUUCUAGCUUUUGGACAGGUCAAUUCAACCAUUCUUUUUGAGUCACGUUUUGACCGUGUUGAUUAUUCACUUAUCAACCCUGAUUGUUUUUAUAUGAGCGAAUGUGUGUGAACACUUCUUAUCACAUUCAUCACAUUUCUGUAACUUAUUUUUUAUCUGGCUAUAAAUAUUGAUUAACGCUUGAUUAAAUGUAGUUGGCUCACAUGCCUUCUCCAGUGCUCGUUAGUUUGCUUGGCUCUCUUCUCUUCACUUCAUUUCUCUGAUUGUCUGUUCGAAUCAAUGAGUAUAUACAAAAUAUACACAUCCAAACAUCCAUUCUCGUAGUUAACUUAUUUACUCCGUUAUUAACCAACACGAUUUAAGUCGAUUAUUAUGUACGACAAUAGUCAGGAUGUAUAUUUCGACAGCAAUCAUUCAAUAACAAUCAAUCAUAUUAUCUAAUUGGAGUCAGAUCCAGUGCCACAAAACGUGAAUAGGCAUUAAAAAUGUAUAUUUGGAAUUUAUAUUGUUAAUAAAAUGUCAAUAGUUACUUUGUGUUAGUUAUUUUAAAGAAAUAAUUUGAUGAACUAUCUAGGAAUUUCUGUUAUAUAUAAUUAGUGACCACCGUGAUCUUUUCCAGAUCCUGGUUUAUGACAGCCAGUUUCACAAUGUUGUGCUUUGUCAUGAGAUCCAUGACCAGCAGCAUCUUUGUCGUGGCAGUCUUUCGGACAGUGUUCAGAUGAUGUGCAAUGCUCUUUGCCUUCAUGACCAUGAUGGCCUUCUUCAUGAUGUUCAUGAUGUCCAUGUUCAUGAUGUCCAG